AUGGCAUCUUUACGAGUAUCCUCUUCAACGCUAUCGCGUAAAGCGCUCACACCCUGCCGACCACGGCUAUACCUGGCCGCCCGAUGCGCUGUCGGUGUCGCUAGUACGCGGCCAUCGGCGCUGCGAAGUGCUCGGCCGAACAUGCAGUCGCACAUGCAGAGCCGGUACUCAUCGACGGCGCAGGCUAGUUCUCUCGCGCUGAAGAUUGAACGUGGCGGGUCGAAGGUGUAUAAGGAUGCGGAUGCUGCGGUUGCGGAUAUUAAGAGUGGAUCGACGAUUUUGAGCUCGGGGUUUGGUCUUUGUGGUGUUGCAGAAACACUAAUCAACGCGAUGCACCGCCGUGGCGCGGAUCAAUUGCACUCGCUAACUGCCGUCUCGAAUAACGCCGGUGCGGCGGGUAAAGGCGGGUUAUCGACGUUGACACACGCGGGUCAGAUCGAUCGCUUGAUCCUGUCGUAUUUAGGGAACAACAAGGCGUUGGAGAAGAAGUAUUUGUCAGGCAAGAUUGCGAUUGAGUUGUGUCCGCAGGGGACACUUGCAGAGAGACUAAGAGCUGGUGGGGCGGGGAUUCCGGCGUUUUUCACGCCGACUGGUGUUCACACGUUCAUCCAGGAGGGAAAGAUCCCCGUGCGAAUGGAUGAAUCCGGCAAGGUGCUCGAAUCGGGUAAACCACGGGAGACACGCGAGUUCAAUGGCAAGACGUAUCUCAUGGAGACUGCCCUGACGGGCGACGUUGCGAUCCUGCGGGCAUGGAAGGUCGAUGAAGCUGGUAACUGUGUAUUCCGAUACACAACCAAAGCCUUCGCCCCGAUCAUGGCCAAAGCUGCAACCCUAACCAUCGUCGAAGCCGAGAACAUCGUCCCCAUCGGCUCAAUCGAUCCCAACGACGUAGAUCUCCCCGGUAUUUUCGUGGACCGCAUCGUACCAGCCACCGACGAGAAACACAUUGAGAUUAAGAAACUGCGUGAGAGCGAGACGGGCGAUGCAAACGGAUCUGUCAAGGAUGCGGCGCAGAUUGAGAGGGAGAGGAUUGGUCGUCGGGCGGCGAAGGAGUUGAAGCAGGGAUAUUAUGUGAAUCUGGGUGUUGGUAUUCCAACUCUUGCGCCGUCGUUUUUGCCGAAGGAUGUCAAGGUGUGGAUUCAAUCGGAGAAUGGUAUUUUGGGCAUGGGCGCAUAUCCCACCGAGGCUGAGGUUGAUCCCGACAUCAUCAACGCCGGCAAAGAAACCGUAACCCUCGUCCCCGGCGCCGCAACCUUCGACAGCACUGAAUCCUUCGGGAUGAUCCGCGGCGGCCACGUCGACGUCUCCAUCUUGGGUGCCCUCCAAGUCAGCGCCAACGGUGACCUCGCCAACUACAUGAUUCCGGGCAAAGUCUUCAAGGGCAUGGGCGGAGCCAUGGAUCUCAUUUCGAACCCGGACCAGACGAAAAUCGUCGUUGCCACGAGCCACGUAGCUAAGGAUGGAUCGCCGAAGAUUGUGCAGAAGUGUAGUUUGCCGUUGACGGGGGCGAAUGUUGUUAGUACUAUUAUUACGGAUUUGUGUGUUUUCCAGGUCAAUAGGAAGACGGGUGAACUUACCUUGACGGAGUUGGCUCCAGGUGUGGAGGUGGAGGAGGUGCGUAGUAAGACUGAUGCGGAAUUUACGGUUGCGGAGAAUUUGGUGAUUAUGGAGUGA